UCUGAAUUUCAAGCGGUCAGCACAAGAGAGACAUAUUUUAAAAUGACGCCAAACAUUGACAAUUUUAAUGCGGAUGAGCUUGAAGCUCCCGCUUGGUUGAAUGAUCAAUUCUUCAGAGAUGUUUUAGUUAAGCACCUUAACGAUGCUAAUGUGAAAGUGAUUGACUUCAAAACAUCUCCAGCCACUGCUAAAGGAGAUCAUUAUGCGAGUGUCAUGUUCCGGGGGCUUGUCGAAUAUUCAACAAAAGAGGGAAAAUUUUCCAAGUCGUUGAUUAUUAAGACAAUGCCCGAAGAGGAAGGCCAUAAAAAGGAGUUUUUGGGUGAUUCGCACAUUUUCCCUACGGAGAUCACAAUGUACACGAAAGUAUUGCCCAAGUUCGAAGAGAUACUAGCUGAAGCAGGUGAUAAGACAACGUUUUGUGCCAAGUGCAUCUAUCACACUGAAGAGCCGCGUCAAGUGAUGGUCUUUGAAGAUUUGGUUCCACAAAAAUAUGAUGUGGUUCGUAAAAGACCCGCUACCAUAGAUGAGAUUAAAUCCGCAGUGGGAAAACUGGCAAAAUGGCAAGCAGUUAGCUACAAGCUGCUACAAGAAAAAUCUGACUUGUUUGAUACAUUACAAUACGAUUUGACAACAAUGCCAAAUAUUUUGGAGCAAGAAGUUAUUACAAAAGGAUUCCCAACGUUCUUGGAAACCCUGCAGAGCGUUGACAGCUUAAGACAGUAUGUCAAGUACUUCGAACCGUUGAAAGACAAAUUAAUUCAACGCUGGGUAGAAGCUCUUCGUGAAUAUCGUGUGAACCGAAAAGACGAUACAUACUACGUUUUGUGCCACGGAGAUUUCCAUAUAAAGAAUAUGAUGUUCAAGGGAACCGACUGUAUGCUGCUCGACUUUCAGAUGUCCUACGUGGGAGCUUUGACGAACGAUGUGCUCUAUUCGAUUUACAUGCUCCUUGGUCCCGAAGAGCGUCGAGAGAAACGUGAUGAAUUUAUCUACUAUUUUUUUACGACUUUCACAAACACCCUUGCAAAAAUUGGAUACCAGGGAAAGAAGCCCAGCUUGGUUGAAUUCCGUAGACAGUUACAUGAAAAAAAAUAUAUUGAUAUCUUUUUGAUGAGUUCAUUUUUGCCAACCUUUAAUCAUAUGCGCAAAGGAAACGAUCCAGCAGAUUUUUUGGAAGAUGCUGAGAAACGCCGUGCACUAUUUGCCGAAAAGGACUUCCAAGAGGAAUUGGAAUAUCUGAUCCCUCGUAUGGUGCAUGUGGGAUAUUUCGAGUAGUUAAGACACAAUAUUUAAAAAUAAAAAGUACGAGUAAUAAGAGUAUAAGAUUGAUAUAUC